CGAGAUUCGAAGAAGAACUUGCGAAUAUUUCAAACUUCAAAUGUAAACAUCAUCAUUUGCUUAAAUACACAGCAGUAAAUAUGUCCGAACAUUCGAUAUAUGAUAUGGCUUAUCGUGGUAAAACUACAGAUGUUAAAAAUUUACUAAGUGAAAAUGAAAAAUUAAAAACAGCCAAAGAUGGUAAUGGUCGAAUGUUAUUACAUUGGGCAGCACUUGGAGGACACGAUGAUUUAGUAAGAUUUUUAUUAUCUCUUGAUGUACCAGUAGAUCCUACUGACGACACGGAUAUGACACCAUUAAUUUUAGCAGCGUCAGCUGGUCGUGAAAAAGUUAUUAAUACUUUACUAACUGAAGGUGCAAAUGUUAAUGCCAAAACACAAGAGGGUCAUUCAGCAUUGCAAUACGCUGCAUCAAAAAAUUGGAAAUCCAUUUGUGCUGCAUUACUUGAAAAAGAUGCCAAUGUUAAUGUUACUGACAAUCGUGGUGCUACGCCACUGCAUAGAGCCGCAUCUAAAGGCAAUAUUGCUAUUGUGAAGCUCCUCAUAGAAUAUGGACGAAAUUUAGAUAUUGACAGUAAAGAUGCUGAUGGUAACAGUGCAUUACACUUGGCAUGUGAGGAAAAUCGUGUUGAUGAAGCUAAGCUAUUAGUAGAAAAUGGUGCUAGUACAACAUUAAUGAAUAAACAAAAAAAAAGUCCUCUCGAUUUAGCAAGUCCAGGAUUGAUACGACAACUGAAAGAAAUAGAGAAAAAUUGAUCUUAAAUAGUAAAAGAAAGUAUAAAUGUUAUUGGUUCAGUGAUGUUCAAUCUGUUUCUUUGGUGUCAAUACAAAUUUGAAUUUUAGCAAUAAAAAAGUUCAUUAAACUCAUAAAUAUAAUAUUUUUAUUAUAUGAGUAAUUUUGUCAUAUUAAAAUUAAAAAUAAUAACAAAAUUUUUAAUCGAUGAGAUAUGAUUAUAAUUAAUGUUUCAAUGAAUUUUCAUGUAUUUUUUAAAUUAAAAAUAUGUGAAGGAAGAAAGAAAAACAGAAUAUUUUAUACCUUAUAUAAUUAGCAUCUUGAUGUACAUUAAUAUUUAUAGUUGUAAUAGAUAAAAUGAAUAAAAAUAACAUUAAUAUCUUUUCUACUCUGAAAAUACAAUAUUUUUAUAUGUUAUAUGAAAAUUCUAUCGAGGAAAAUCAAAUAAUGUAUAAAAUAAUGUUUAAAAUUAUAACAUAUAACUAAAAACGUAAAAUGUUAAAAAGUUUUACAACAUUGCUAUAACUAGUCUUCAUAUAAAGUUUAAUGAAAUCAUUUAAUUUAGCACCAUUUAAACUAUUCCAUCUUUUAUCCUCACAGUAUGAAUAGUUUAAAAUGUUUCUUCAAACAAAAGGAGAGAAACAUGGUGAAUAUUGUACAAAUUAAAAUGUUAUGUCAUUUAUAUUUAAUAUGAAAUUAUAGAAAUAUUCAUUUUAGUAAAAAUAUAUAUACAUACUAAACAAGACAAACACUUCAUAAUUAUAUUAAUAGUAUUAAUAUAUUAUAUAUUAAUAUAUAUUAAUUAAAAUCAUUUAUUACUAUAAAAUUUUAAAAUUAUGUGCACAUAGUUUAAAAAACAAAAUUUUAUUGUUUUUAAAAAUCUAUAUGAGUAAAAAUUUCUCCUUAUAUGUAUAUUACUAAAAAAAAAUAUAUGAAUAAUAAUAACAUAAAUAACAUAAUUAAAUAUUUAAUUUUUUUGUAUUAAUAAAUGAAAUUCUAUUCAUUUUUUUAAAUGCUAGAAGUGAUCCUAAUAAAAAUACAUAAUUAUAAAGGAAUAAUAUAUCAAUCAUUAAUUACAGUUAAUUGAAAAUCACUGAUCAUAACAGUUUCGUUAUUAUUCUCAAUUUUUAGCAUUUAUUAUGCCUUCCUUUUAACAUACUUAGAUGUAUUAUUAAUAUUUGAUUUAUAUUUAUAUAAAAGGUAUCAAAAAAGUUCAUCAUUUUGCUGGUCAAAUCCUAUUUACUUAUUGACCUCUCUUUCUUACUCUUCCAGUUAAUUUAUUUUUUCCAUAUUUAUCUAUUCCAACCCCAUCAGAAUUCAUAUUUUUAUAUAGAAAUAACGCUUAAAAUUUCAGAAUUAGUUGCUUAAAUAAAACGCACCACAGUUGAGAAUUAUUUUCUGCGCUUAUUUACACAAAUUCACAGCGAUUCGCAGAUAACAUUAGAUGGUCUAGAUUUCUUUUUCCGUCAGAGAAAUUUUGGAUGGUUUAUAAAAAAUAUAUUAUUAAAGUUUUUAGCUUUUAGCUUAUUUUUAUAUAUAAAUUUUUCUAUAUUAUUUAUUUUAAAUAAAUAAUUUGUUAGAAACAAAUGAUUAAUGUAAAAAGUAUAUACAUUAUUGUAAUUUUUUCUAAUUCUAUAUUAAAUUUACACUCAAUUUUUUGAGAACAUAUACGAUAAUAGAUAUUUAUCUUCUGAAACAUUAAUUCUUUUUAAAAUUUUGAAUGAAUUACUUGAAAAU